ACAGAACAUUAUCAAUGAUGUCAGAUCAUGGAAACCCUUGCAGUGCAGAGGAUGCCACCUACUGCAUGAAUGGAGGGACAUGUUAUAAAAUAUCUUCCAUGGACACACUUUCUUGUGUGUGCAACCCAAACUACAAAGGCAGCAGAUGUGAACAGUUCCAGCUCGGAGUCACACAGCCCAUUUCAGAUGAGGCUGGUUUAAUUGCAGCUGUGAUUGUCAUUACUCUCCUUAUCUUGAUAGUGCUGGGAUUUAUUGUCUACUACAUACGCAAGAUGCGAAAAGCGAAGGAACAGAGACAACAGAACCACAACCAAGAAUACUGGAAGGUACAAUCAAGAGCAUGAUCCUUCCUUCUGAUUUGAUUUGGUGGUGCAUUUGAUGGUUUCAGGAACGAAUUGUGAGAAGUGUCAUUUAUCUUGUCAUGCUAUCUGAGGUUUUGAAAAUGACUUUGAAAAAAGCUAAAAAAAAAAGAAAAAAAAAUGAGAGUGAAAAACUACUGCACUGACCUUAAAGGGCAAAUUGACGAGUGUCACACCACCAUUGCUCUGAUGUUAAAUCACAUUUCACCUUGUCAAAACAUAUUAAAGUGCAGUUUAAGUGUGACUUUUUAAAAUUUGUGGCAAUUGUGGGAUUAUAAACUAAGUUUCUGUAUGUUAUUAGAAAAUAUUUUGCAUUUGUAAAUAUAUUCCAUCAUUUUUUUUAAAUGAUUUGAAUGUGUGAUUUCUGGUGACAUGCCAUUACACACUCUUAUUUACUUGUGAGACGUUAACGCACUAGUAAUUCUUCCUCUUCAAUGCUUCAUUCCAAACCUCCACUCUUAACCUAAUCUCACAUCUAAUCACAUCUCUUAAAGUAUAAUUGCUCAUUGAGGUGUCCUGGACCAGUCAGUGAGAUCUCACUUUACAAAGAUGUCAGCACUUUGACGUUUUUAAAACUUAAAACUGGAUCCCACAAUGCUGGACACAUGCAUGAACACACAUGCAUGUGUGUAGGGGUCUGU